UUAAGGGUCGGAAGAACAAGUGAACUUUCCAAAGAAGUUUUGAAACUUGGAGAACAAGUCUGAAAUUUUUCAGUUUAUAACACUUUUUUUUUCCCUCCUUUCGGCAAGCCCUUAUGUAUUCACUGCAACAUUUUUGUUUGUAUGCAAAUGCUUUUAAGGCUUGUGAUGGACUCAAAAAAAGUAGAAAAAAUUAAGAGUUUUCUCUUCCCUCCCUCUGCCCUUUACCCCCACAGUCCUUGUUGAUCUGGAGCGGAUGUUAAGAUGUGGGAUACACUAAACAGUCAAAACAACUUCCUUCUAAGGUUAGACCCUGUGGAAAGCUGGGGUAGCAUCUCUAUUAUAAAUAAGCAUGGAGUACAACUCCAGCAUGAAGUAGUCUGAAGCAAGCUAGCAUUGCUCUCUUCAAAUUUACUUCUCUUUCCGUCAUAGUUAGCAUUUUUAUUCGUUUUAUAUUCUGAGAUGGAAAGUGCAGAAAUUUCAUUAGUCGAUCUUCCGGUGGGAUUCCGAUUCAGACCAACAGAGGAGGAACUUGUCAAUCAUUACCUGAAGUUGAAGAUACUCGGCAACAAAAUGGUCGAGCUGAUAAUUCCCGAGGUUGAUGUCCAUCAAUUGCCACCUUGGGAUUUACCCAGCAAGAUAAAUGAACUAUCAAGUAUUAAAUCAGAUGGUGAUGAAUGGUUCUUCUUCUGCCGUCUGCAAAAUAAGUACCCUCAAAGUAAACAGACUAGAAGGUCAAAUGAUUAUGGGUCGUGGAAGAAAACUGGUGGAACUCGCAAAAUCAGGACACGAGACAAAAAGAACAUAUUAGGUUGGAAGAAAAUUUUGGUUUUCAAAAAAAGUGGAAGUCCCAAAAAUGCCCAGACCAAAUGGGUACUGCAUGAAUAUCACCUAAAUGCUCAUCUUUUGGACAGCAUCCUCACUGACCAGAGUGACUUUGUUCUUAACCACUUGAAGAAAAACCCUGACGAGAAGGGUAAGAAAAAUUCAAAGACUCAGAAGACCAAUAUAGGUCCAUCUAACAUGCCUAAAGAGGGCAUCAUAAGUAGCUGGAACAUGCCCGACGAAGUCAUCAAUGCAAGUAUCUCUAUUAUGCUUCAAGAAGGUGGCAGAAGUAUCUGCAACACACCUGAUGAAGUCAACAACUCAAGUUGCUCCAAUGCAACUCGAGUAACUGCCAAAAGCACGGUACCUGAAGAGAUUCCGAAGGAAUCUUUUGUAGAAGAUGUACAGCAACCACCACUGCCGCCAAUUUUCACACCAGAAUGCAACUCAUCAGGAUGUGAUUUCUCUGCAACUCCAAAGCCACCCACAGAGAACGGGGAGCAAUUGACUCAUGAUUCGUCGUAUCGGGAUUUGGCGUCUUAUUUUGCUGAUUAUGAACAUCUAGAGGAGAUAUUAGGGUUGUUUAACUCAGAUAGCUAGUUCUAGCGUGACCACUCUGGCAUUAUGUAAGCCUUUUUUUGGCUAGGUAAUUGCUGUGCAUCCAUCCUCUGGCUUGGAUGCAGAGUCUUCUAGGGCUGAUAAAGAGUGCCCAAGAAAAGAUAUUCUCCUUGUUGAAAACAAUGCACAUGGAUCAAAUGCAUUCAUUGAUGUACAUUAUUUGCUUAAUGAGUUUUUUUAUUU